ACCCGGCCGGCAAGAAGCGGACGGACUAUAUAUGCAUGCACUACUGCUCACUCACAAACCCCACCAAUUGUGUCCGUGCGUGUUUUGCCACGCAAACUUUUGCAGUCUACUUGGCAGAUCCUUGUCCUCCUUAAUUUCAUGAGCUCGAGCAUGCAAGAAGGGAUGACAAGCAGUUUAGCUCAGGGAUCCUCUCGAGCCGAGGCGUCCUUCAGGGUGUACUACAGCAUCGGCGCCGGCACCGUGCCGUUCGUCUGGGAGACCAAGCCCGGCACGCCCAGGCGCACCAUCGACCCCGUAGUCGCCGCGGCCAACGACGCGCCGCCGCCAAUCACGCCGCCGCCAUUGUACCAGUCCAAGACCAUGAAGAGGUGCACAAGCACAAGGAAGUCAUCUUCUUGCUGGCCUCCCCGGAUGACGAGCUGGCUGAACAUCAGGACCCGCCGUCGUGGUCCAAUCGCGACACCCGGCUUCCACCAGACCGCGGUGUCGAUGAUCAACGGCUACAGCGGCGGCGUGCCAUCCUUGGGAGCUUCUGAGCCCGGCAUCGGCAUGGACCGUUGGAACUAGUGUACGUAGGCCUCGUUAAAAGGUCGAUUGACGGGCUGCUGCACCGGCCCAUUUCUGGUGUUGUUUGAGUACAGUUUUUUUUUAGGGUUUUGUUUGAGUAUAGUUUGAGUGGUACAUAUAUACUGUGGUGUUUGUGCUGGGCCUUUAAUUUUAAUUUCUGUGGUUAAAUUCUAUGUUAUUUUCGGAUAUACAGAUUUUAUUGAAGUAUUUGGCUGUUUUGACUUUGGGGGAUCAAUACUUGGGCAUACAUAUAUCCCUAUCGCCUUUUU